AUGCUGGAAGCGAAAACAAAAGGUCUGUUCGGAAUGCACUUGAAGACGCUCUGCCGUGCGAUAGAAAUUUGCCCGAAUGCACAGCGUGCGUUGGUGUGGGUGUCCCAUGUGUUCCUCGGAAAUUUCCCAUUGAUCCAAUCACAAGGACCGGGGGCAGCUUAUCCCACUCAGCGAUUCCUAGAAACAUUGAAAAGGAAGCGCGAUGAUUUGGAGGCUCGCAUACGAUGCCAACGGCCACGCUCAAAUAGUGAUGCACCUACAGAGCACUUGGAUAACGAUCCAGGCGAACACUCUGAAGGAGGUCUCACGGAGCAAAAUGCCGCCGAUAAUACUAUCCAAGAAGCAAUGGGUGAGAUUGGAUUCCUGUCCCGCAGUGCCAUGGCAGAGCCCCGGGUUGAGACUGGAGGCCUUUCUCAGGAACUAUCGAUUGGACACAUGCUACACUCAACGCUGUCUCUUGGCGGAUCCAAUCCAUCGGAAUCAGUCAUAGAUCCCCAUGGACAAAUUGUAGCGGUGAUGGUUGAUCCUUCCGUGACAUCAAACACUGAGUUGGCUCUUCCGUUCAUUACUCGGUUCACCGAGAUAAUAGGAGUACAGUUCCUUUACAUCAAUUCGAAAGAGCUACUGAAGGAUUUCGAAACAUUUUUCAAGGCAUCAGAAGAUGCCACCGGGCAAAAUGACUGCCUGUCAUCAGUCAAAAGAUUCAAUUUAUACCUGUCCCUUGCAACUGGGGUGCUACUUUCUCCUGGUUCAGGCGGCCUGCAGGGGCUGGCUAGUAAUUACCAUGCUGCCGCCAUGGGACUCUUCCCAGGGAUACUGGGCAAAGGAACGAGACUGGACAUUCUCCAUUGCUUCCUGUCACUCAUUAUUUACUCAGUUCACAGUGCCCUCGGUGGAUCUGCUUGGCAUUUGAUAGGACUGGCAAUGAAAAAGGCAAUCGCAUUCAGAUUCCACAAAGACAUAGAUGCGGAUGCUCAAAUCGCCCCGGAGAUGUUGAGGGCCAGGCGAAAUAUAUUCUGGGAUCUAUACACUCUUGAUCGAACGAUUAGCACCAUCAUGGAUCGACCAUUCGGUAUUGAAGAUGAAGACAUAGCAGUAUUGGGCCCUGAAGACUAUGCCAGCUCAGCUAGGGAUAGUGACUUAGCUCGCCAUCUCGUCUCACAUGCUAGGUUCAUAUCAAGCAUCCGAGACGCUCCUUCGAAAAGCAUCCUCCACCAUUAUAGCAACUUGUGCUAUUGGAGAGAAUGUGCUCCAGCCUCGAGCUUCCCGGCUGUGUAUGUUAUGCGUCUUUCAUGCCGAGCGAUGAUCGAAAUUCUGAAGGUGAAGGGGUCAGUAAUCAUCGAGCCCAGUCUUGUUCGCAGCGCCAGUAGCAUUGAGAACGAUUUUAUCAAGGCCUGUGUGGAGUAUAUCGAGGAAGAGUACCAGCGAUCCGAGCGGGGCGAAUUUGCGGGCAGCUUUGUUGAUGCUUAUGACAUUUUUAAUGCAGGUGUGGUUAUUGUUUGUCUGGCUGCAGGGAAGCCAGGAGUUCCUCUACGCGAUGCAAAUGUCGUCAACAAGUGUACUGCUCUACUUACAAUUCUCGGUGAAAGAUUUACUGGUCUGCGGGUCUUACGCCGUGUUUUGUGGUCACUCUCGGGGCUAGUCCUGGGCGAGUCGGUAAAUGACCCGAUCAUCCGUGAGCUCCCCCCAGUCAUACCCGACGGGAUUAAAGACUUGAUAUCCGGGUUCACAUGA